CAGGCUCCCAGCGGAUGCAGUCUCGGACUCCCGGCCCUGCAGGCCCUGCUGCUUGCUGGUCGACAUCGGCCCCUCUGCGCUCAUGGCCUCCCCGAACAAGGCAGUUAUUGUUCCUGGGAAUGGAGGUGGGGAUGUGGCCACCCACGGCUGGUACGGCUGGGUGAAGAAGGGGCUGGAGCAGAUACCUGGUUUCCAGUGUUUGGCUAAAAACAUGCCUGACCCAAUUACAGCUCGAGAGAGCAUCUGGCUGCCCUUCAUGGAGACGGAGCUGCACUGUGAUGAGAAGACCAUCAUCAUAGGCCACAGUUCUGGGGCCAUUGCAGCCAUGAGGUAUGCAGAAACACACCGAGUAUAUGCUAUUGUGUUAGUGUCUGCAUAUACCUCUGACUUGGGGGAUGAAAACGAGCGUGCCAGUGGAUACUUCAACCGUCCCUGGCAGUGGGAGAAGAUCAAAGCCAACUGCCCUUACAUUGUGCAGUUUGGCUCCACUGAUGAUCCUUUCCUUCCCUGGAAGGAACAACAAGAAGUGGCUGAUAGGUUGGAAGCCAAACUGUACAGAUUCACUGACCGUGGCCACUUUCAGAAUAUGGAGUUUCAUGAACUGAUUAGCGUGGUAAAGUCUAUGCUGAAAGUACCAGCAUAGGUAGGAUUACUUCUGCUAUUUUACAUUCCAAUAUGGGGUAGAGCAAUGAUCAGGUUAUUAAUAGAUGAAAAUUAUCUAUUAUGAGAUGAUUAGUAGACACAUAAAACAGAUCAAAGUUCCAGAAAAAUAACCCAGAAGUUCAAUAUUCAAACUAAGUUACAAACUGCGUUUCCAUUUUCCAUUGGAUUUCUAUCUCACAAACUGCCAUGAACUAAAGCAGUAUUUUUCUCAUUUGAUCAGGGACAUAAGGACAGUUUAACCACCUUUAUCUGUCCAAAGUGAGUAAGAUAGAAGUGGAAUCCAGCUUUCCUGAUUCCCAGUUCACAUUAAAACUAGUUUGUGUAUGUUGUAGGAGUUGUACUCCUCUUUGAAAUGAACCUUUUUCUAGUUGGCAGGGUGGGGUGGGGUGAGGAAAACGACUAAAGAUCCAGAGUGUUGGCUUAGAGCUCAAAACACUAGCUGUUCUGAGCUGGCCCAAGACAUUAAACCCAGACUGGGGCCUUCAUCUUUGACCCCUGCCCCAGUCCUUCAAACAUGUUGAGGGAGAGGGAUACAUAUGGAUCUAAGAGUUGGGUCUGCCAGGUCGGGCAGGGAACAGAAGCCCAGCCUGUACAAAUAUGUCAGCAUAGCCAACCAGAUGUGUGCUAGACCAGCGUGGUGGGAAUUUGGGCAGCAUGGAGAACUCGUGCCCUUUCUAAAUUGUUGCCAUCUGGGAAGGUAGCAGGGUGUUGCCAAUUUUCUGAUUUUUUGAGGGAAAAACUUCAUGCAGUGGUUUUCAUAUCUAGGGACUAUAUGUUUAUAUACACAGUUUAUAUGUAUAUGAAUUAUGCCCAAUAUAUGUACAUAUGGAUUACAUAAGUCGACAACGACAGCAUAAAUAAAAAAUGUACAAACACUGCAAGACACACAAAGUCCAAGCCGCCCAUUUGUGACCUCUGCCAUUAGGAAUUAACUUAUCCAGGUGCUUUAAAUGAUUCUCUCUAAGCCUGAGAAACAAAUUUAAUGUCAAAGGAUGAAAUCAUGGGAACAAUUUAGAUUUUGUUACAAAAUUCUAAGUAAUCUUUCCAUACUUCAAAUUUUGUUCUGUAAAGAGUUCUACCUUUUAAAUUCUAUGUUCCGUUAGCUCACUUUCAAGCAUCAUUCCACUUUUCUUCUGAUCAUACUCCUUCA